AUGAUACUCGAAGGCGUGAGUGAUAUAGGCCUUGCGGAUAGCGAUACCACUCCACAGGCGAAGAUUCAGAAGAGACUUGUUGCAGCCUACAAAGAGAUCGCAACGCGGAUACGUGCUCCGGGCAUACCAGUAUUGAGAGCCACCAUCACCCCAUCCGGCUCCUCCCCGGACUCAGGCUACAUCCAUCUUUAUUCAAACGAAGAACAUGAGAGGACCCGUCAACGGAUCAACACGUUCAUUCGGGAAAGUGGUGUAUUUGAUGCGGUAUUGGAUUUUGAUCAGGUGUUGAGGGAUCUGCCUGCGCCAUCUCAGUUGCUGGGGAAGUAUGAUUCGGGAGACCAUCUUCAUCCCAAUGCGGCUGGAUAUCAAGCGUUGGCGGAUUAUUUCCCUCGCGAGAUAUUCUCAUGA